AGUUGACAGAGACAGUUCACCGCUUGACAGAGGACAGAUGUAAACAGCAGUUUGUUUUGGGUUUUUUCAUUGAUGUGCAAGUUUUUACGAGUUUCAAACAGUUUGCUUCCUAAUUGAACGAAUAUUGGUUUUCAAGUCAUUAUCAGAGCAAGUAGCAGCAAGUGAAAAGCGUUGGUGGGAUUUAAAACACGUUACAUACCUUUACUGGACAUAUUGGAAUGAAAUAAAGCCUUUUGGCCAUGGAGCCAGCAGACCCAGCAAAUAAAGAUCAGAGUCCAAGCUGUAGUAAAUCAAAUGAAUCACCUACAAAAGAUAAGCUCUUUGAUCCCUCCAUUGAUAUGCUUGUCAAUGAUUUUGAUGACGAAAGAACUCUAGAAGAAGAGGAAGCUCUGGCUGAAGGAGAAGCAAAUGACCCUUCAACGGAGCUUUCCAAUUUGGAAAAGGAAGGUAACAUGCCCUUAGAAGAACUGCUAGCCCUUUAUGGUUACAACACAAAAGACAAAGAGAGCUCUUCCGAAUCCGAAGAAGAGGAUGAAGAGCAAGUCCCAAAUGAACAGGAACAAAUUUGCGAGCCCAUAGUGGAAAAAGAACGAUCCCCGACACCGCCAAGGCAGUCAAAACUCAGCCUCCUUUAUGAGCCUAUUGUAGAAGAUGCAGAUGAUGCUAAAAACUUAACAACUGUUUCUAAAAUAAGCGAGGACGAAGAGGAGGAUAUGGAAUCUAAUCCAGAGGAAGAUGACUACCAGAAAUUUAGCGGAGGCGUGCACAAUAUCAUGGUUGGAAGUGACUAUCAAGCUCAAGUACCGGAAAGUCUCACUAGCUAUGAACAGGUGCCCUCCAAUGAUGUAGACGAUCAAUUAUUGUGGAGCCCGCAAGAAGCAUUUAGUCAAAAGGUGGAAGAAUAUCUGCAGAAAGCGCAUGAAAUUUUCAAUCCUCCUAUUCCAAAAGGAACCAUGCUCAGAGACGAUGAGGAGGCGCUUUAUUUAUUACAAGAAUGUGGUUAUAAUACGGCAGAAGCUUUGCGGAGACUUGAAAUGAGAGGUCCAGCCAGUCCAAAGGUACCAAAUGGCAAUGAAGCCAAGUGGUCAGAAGAGGAAUGUCGAAAUUUCGAAUCUGGAGUCCGUUCUUUUGGAAAGGACUUCCUGCAAAUUCAACAAAACAAGUAUCUGUUGAAGGUUCAGUCGAGGACCGUUGGUGAAUUAGUACAGUUUUACUAUUUGUGGAAGAAAACUGAGAGACAUGAUGUAUUUGCAAAUAAAUGCCGCUUGGAAAAAAAGAAGUAUUCCUUCCAGCCGGGUUUCACGGAUUUUAUGGACCGAUUUUUGGAGGACCAAGAAAGUGAUAAGACAACAGUUACAGUUCUAACAGGUAAAACAUCAGAUGUAUGACAGUGACUCAUUUUUAAUUAUUGUAAUUGUUGUUUGUGUUUUUAUUGAAAACGUGAUACCGUAAUUGUAAAGUUUAUUUACCUACAAAUUUUAUUAAUUUACAUAUAUUGUUUAUUGCUUUUCAUAAUCAGCUAAUAAUACAUAGUCAUUGCUAUAAUUCUACCACAAUCAAUAUGUGAUACAUGUACAAUGUUUAUUUUAUUUAAGUUUUACAAGUUGUUUCAUGUAUAAUCACAAUUGGAAUAAAUAUAUUUAUAUUUA